UAGUACGUAUCCUAACGGGCAUUAAAACAGCAAGCAACAUAUGAUGGAAACAUUUACCUGGUUGUGAGAAGAAACUCAAGCAGUUUUACAAACGAGGUUAUUCAAGCUGACAUCGCAAAACUGAAGAGCCGUUGCAGUCUCGAAUUUCAAUUGUGAAGCGACACCUGGCAUAAUGUCGCGAAAGCAGUUGCACGGGAAAAGACCGAACCAGAUACUGAAGUUGGACCCAUGCGAAAGGAUCAAAUAGCAAUGCAAAUAAAACAGACGCCGGGCAAAAAAUCAACCCGUGACUUCACACAUGCGAAGCAAGUGCUCCACCACUAAGCGUCACCUGAGGGGAGGAGCCUCCGCUGUGGGAAAACUCCCACAGGCCUUCAAGCGCAGAUGCCAGGAACAACAUCAGACAUCUCUGUCGAGAAGAGAGCAAGACUGGGAACAGCUAAGCGCAAAAACCUUAAGCUCCCAGGCCUCAGGACCCGUGCUCGAAGGAGAUACUCCUGCCGGGAACGCGUGGACGUCGGUGGCCAACAGGAGCAACCUGCUUUGUGCGCAGCGAAAAGGGAAGAAAGGGAAGGAGGGAGCGAGGGAGCCAGUUUGCAGCGUGCUUUUCGGCUCAGUGUUCCUCUCAGCAUGCUUUCUGCUCCAUUCGCAUCUGCGAGCUGCCGCGUUGGAAUAACUGGACCACACGCGCUGGAACCCUCCCGGGCUCAAGUGUCAACAGAUCUACCUUCACACUGGCGAGCUUUCAACGCUGAACUUCUUCACUUACUUUAAUCAUGUGAACAGACUUCAAUGCACUCCGAAAGCCUCCUCGCGCACUCGGGUAGAUGAUUAAACGAACAGAUGACCCGUCAGCCGCUGACCUUGGCGAGUCGACGUGGGAGCGGAGAGAGUUUGGUGAACAUCAUUAGCCGGAGCGUAUCAACCACAGAGCGUCGCAUCCAUGGAUUUGAGCAAAGACGUUUAGGAAAAGCGAGAUGUGACAAUCGAGAGCCUGGAGAACGUGUCAGCCGAGCGAGGAACUGCACCAUUUCCAAGCAUCUUGUGCACUUUUGAAUGAACCCGAUACUAUUUUUAUCCUCGGCGCGCUCCGGGUUCUCAACCAACUGACUGCAGUCGUGACAGCAUGACGCUCCCCAAACGCAGGAAGCUGAAGACUUUGGCGCUGCUGUUGUGCGCCGCAUUUACCACCUUGCUGUUCAGCUACACCUUCCGGGAGCCCUCCAGCUACUUCUUCAAGUACGCCUUCCGCUUGGCGGCCCCCGCCAAGGGCCCGUGCGCCUGUCGGCAGUGCAUGACCGAGGCGGAGGACGACCCUUGGUUCGCGGAGCGCUUCAACCAGUCCGUCCACCCGCUCAUGACCAGGGACAACAGCGCCCUGUCCGAUGAAACUUUUAAAUGGUGGCAGUGGCUGCAGUCAGAGAAGCGGCCGGCCAACUUCAACGAGGUGGUGGAGGAGCUUUUCCGAGUCAUUCCCGACAACGUGCUGUACGCCGACGCCGGGCCGGAGCGCUGCCGGACCUGCGCCGUGGUGGGGAACUCUGGUAACCUGAAGGGGUCCCGCUACGGAGGCCUCAUCGACUCUUGUCAUUUCAUCAUAAGAAUGAACCAAGCUCCCACGGCUGGGUUUGAAGAGGACGUGGGCGCCAGGACCACGCAUCACUUGAUGUAUCCGGAAAGCGCCGUGGACCUGGACAACGCCACCAGCCUGGUGCUCAUCCCCUUCAAGACUCUGGACCUGCAGUGGAUCAUUAGCGCCUUGACCACAGGCACCAUUAAACACACUUAUGUUCCAGUUAUGCCCAGGAUUAAGGCAAACAAGGACAAGGUGUUGAUUUACAACCCAACAUUCUUCAAGUACGUGUAUGAGUCUUGGCUGGAGGGGCACGGACGCUAUCCCUCCACCGGCUUCCUCAGCUUGCUCUUCGCUAUCCACAUAUGUGACGAGGUGAGCGUGUUUGGAUUUGGCGCGGACCCGUACGGGAACUGGCACCACUACUGGGAGGAGAACCUUCUGGCCGGCGCUUUUCGAUACACGGGAGUCCACGACGGGGAUUUUGAAUAUAACGUGACGAAUCUUUUGGCGGACAAACACAAAAUCCGAAUGUUUAAAGGUAGAUGAUGCCGGCAGACGGCAGGACAUGUGUGCCGUUGGACCAACAUCAACAAAUGAACCUGUGAGAAGAAUUUUUGGUUCUAUCUUUAGCUUUCUACAAUAUUGUUAUGUUCACAAUUUCAAUCAUUGAUCUAGAAUUGGAUUUUGAUUUCCGGUGGAGUAGUGGGGGAAUUGGGCCUGUUAUUUUGUCCAAUGGCAAGUAUGGGUUUUGUUGCCAUGACAACAAGGGGGGGGUAACAAUUAAAAACCCCGAAUCUGGAAAAAUAACAUGCGAGCCUUUCCAAGACAGCAUGGAUUCUAUUUUCCCUCGUGGAGGCACCGCUUCAUCACCACGCCCAAAAUUUUUUACUUAAGUCACUUUAAAUCUUCGAGCAGUCGACGCGAAGCUGUGUGCCCAACAGAACUCAAUGCAGCUCUGCUUACCUGAAGGCUUCGGUGGAUGGUUUCACCUGUCUGCUGCCAGGCUGCAAAUGAAAUUCCAGUGCACGUGGACAUUUGACCAUCAAAACCGUCAACGCCAGUGAGUGUGUUUUAAUCAUAGCUCGCACACUGAUGAGUUUUCGGCAAAUUUCAUCAGAUUUCAGUGGUUGUUUGAUUUCAUACAAUUUGGGUUCAAACAAUAAAAAGUCAACAUUUUCACAAUAUUUCUCCUUAAAAAGAAUGUCUCACGACAGGCUGUUUGUAUAAUGUGUUGUUGUGCCACUCCAAAAAAAAAAAAAAAGGGGCAUAUAUGAUAUGAGACAUAUUGCAGCUCUUUAUUGAAGGGACUCAACAUUUUUGUGAAAUAUAAAAAUAAUCUCAAAAGAAGUGCAAUAUAAUCUGCACUGUGGUGCCUUAUCUGUAAAUCCAUUUAUUUGCAUUCGUGUGACACAGCUGAAGGAAAAGUUUCCAGUGCCUUGACUGAGUUUAGUUUGUAUUAUUGUUAUGUUAUUCCUCAAGCUCCAACCAUUGUUUUGUAAAAUAUUGACACAUUCCAGAGAGUCACGUGGACGGUCCAUUACUGAUAUGACGAGAACUUGGAAGCUUGUGAAGUUUCAAAGUGAUAACAUUCAACCCUGUCUUAAAAUCAAUAGUACCGAUGUCAGAUAAUUGUGUGAUUUUAUGUUUUGCUUCCUGUGCCUUCAAACGUUUUAUGAUAUAUUUUUUCCCCACCGCAAAGAGAGCAGACUAAUUCCAAGAAAGCAGAUUUAAAAAAAAAAAAAAAAAAUGUAUAAAUGUCAUCUGCUCCGUGUGCUGCUGCCAAACGGGACAUCAGUGCCACCAAGUGGACAGCAACUUUCACCUAUUUAUGGAUUAUUGUAUUAUUAUUAUUAUUUGAUAACGGUUUUAUUCAAUGCUAGAUUGUGCUGAUGACUGAUGUGUGAUAUAAUCUCAAAAUCAAAUAAAAUGAACUUUUUUUUU